UGGAUCAGUCUGUCUCAGCCCCUACAAAACCAGAGCGUCUGCUUUUCUCCUCCCAGUGGAUUUUAAACUAGAGUAACACGUAUGCUAAAUACAGACUGACACAUUACAGUCAAAGGUGAACAUGGGGACGGAUUUAGCCUACAACUUUGUCUUCAAAGUGGUUUUAAUUGGGGAAUCCGGUGUUGGAAAGAGCAACCUGUUGUCAAGAUUUACCAAAAAUGAGUUCAAUCACGACAGUCGCACAACCAUUGGUGUAGAAUUCAGCACCCGGUCCGUUCAACUGGAUUCUGUUACCAUCAAGGCCCAGAUCUGGGACACUGCAGGUCUAGAGCGCUACCGGGCCAUUACAUCAGCGUAUUACAGGGGUGCAGUGGGUGCCCUGCUUGUUUAUGACAUCACUAAACACCUGACCUAUGAGAGUGUUGAACGAUGGCUGAAGGAACUUUAUGAUCAUGCGGAUCCACAUAUAGUGGUCAUGCUCGUGGGAAAUAAAAGUGACCUUGACACUCUACGUACAGUACCGAGAGAAGAGGCAAAGGACUUUGCAGAAUCCAAAGACUUGCUUUUUAUUGAGACUUCAGCACUUGAUUCAACUAAUGUUGAAUCUGCCUUUCUUGAAGUUCUAACAACAAUCCACAAGAAGGUUGCGAGUAGAGAAGUCACCAGAGGUUCUAUUAGUGCUGUGACUCUGGGUCAGAUGGGACCCACCAGUGAGUUUCAGGAGGAGAGAAGGGGCUGUUGUAACAACUCUUGAAUGAAUGAAUGAAUGAACAUCUACGGUGACAAAGCCAUCAAGACAAAGACAUUUAACUUUGACAUGAAUAACGUGUCACACCUGCUUUGAUGCAUGUCUUUAUCAGUUCCUGAUUGGAUGGCGUAAAGACAAAAGGGGGUGUGGUCCAAAGUUGUGUUAGGGUUGUUUUUUACUUUUUGAAGAUGUAAACAUUUGGUAUUAAUGAUUUGUGUUGUUUAAAUGUUAAAUAUGAAUGGAGAAUAAUGUAAUUUAUUUUACUAGGCAGAAACAGUUGUCUUAUUCUGCUUUCCUAUAAUGGCAUUGUAAAACUAUUUAUUGAAUAGUUUUUACAGCAUUGAAAUGGAACUGUUUUCCACUACAGCUCUGUAAAUUAUAGAUAUAAUAUAAACAUCUCAUUUUUUUUAAAGCAAAGUCAAUAUUAUUUUUUCUUUAUCCAAAGACAGGUCUUUUAUACAAAUACACAGUGGAGAAUGCUGUCUGACAGUUAAACGUUUCGAAAACACAUGAAACGUCACUAUGCACUGUAUAUAUAUUUUUGGACAAAAAGAUUUGUCUUUACAUGGCUGUGGUUUGCAUAAUUUUUUUGUAUUUAAUAACAUUUUAGUCUUUAGACCUUCGAUACAGCAUGUGAAGUUGCUGUUUUAACUAAAUUAAAUUUAUUUAGUACAAUUUCAUUUUUUUUCCUGCAAACUACAUAACUGUACAGCUCCUUUUUUCUCAUACAAAACUGCUCAAAGCACCGCCCUGCAACCAUUUAGGUGUGAGAGUUACAUUUGUUUAUGAAAAUAUUUCAUUAACAAAUGCAGAUGUCAGUUUAAAGCUUCGUUUAAAUUAAAUACAUCUGAGCAAUUUUACAACGUGAUGCAAUAAUAAUUUUGGCUUACCCAUUAAAUAAAAAAACACAUCAGAAUCGAUAA